AGAAUUGUACCCUCGGAUGUCUUGAACCAGCCGCAGCUUUCCCUUGGACCACGGGCCGCCAUUUCCUGCUGUGUGCCCAAGGAAUACACGAGCUGGAACAACUGAACGGACUUCUCACAGUUGUGCGCUAUUCAGAGUUAUCGCUUUUCAUGGUGAAGCAAUUCACCCUUUUGCUGACAUGGUGGUUGGGGGCACACUCACACUUUUGUCAUUGACAACAUGUUCACGAGCUUCCCCCGCGUGGAUCGAAUCGUCCCAUGUUCAUUGUAUGCAACAGUACAAUUAUGCGAUAUAUCUGUUCUUGCCACGGACGCGGCCUCAACCAACUGCGCGAUAACGAGGCAGGCCGAAACGAGCCAGCCACCACAAGUGUCCUGGCCGAACCUCGAGCUGGAUGGAUUCCAGGCUGUGGUUCACCUCAAGCAUGGCAUUGCGCAUUGCGUACGAAAGUGCUGUCACCCGAUGGGGUCUACCCAGACGGGUGUCCGCUCACGGCCAAAAAGCCAGUCUCGUGAGAUAUUCCACAUCAUGCACUUCCUACAUCACAAGCAGUAGCUCCCACGAUCCACUUGGAAAGCAAUGCGUCAUCACACAAUGCGACGGGACGGCCGGCCGCUUCGGUGGAGGCGACAGCGACGGUUCUACCGGGCGGGCUAUGACGGCCGCAACAUGCUUCGUCACGAUUGC